AUGACCAUGGACAUGGGCCUCAUAACCACCGUACCAACACCUUUCAGAACAGUUUUGCAUCAAGAAAUCCCAAUUCUAUUAAUACAUAUAUACGUAAUUCAGGAGGACACGAUUGGCCAUUUGAUCGAUUUAACAGGUUCAAUAGAAUACACCACCACACAGUACCAUAUUUCCUUAUGCUUCAUUACCGGUAGUACCGGGGGUACCCACCGGACCAGCAGCAUCCACAGUACCAGGAGGACAAGCAGUACCAACAGAACAACCUCUAGCACCAGCAGCACCAGCAGCACCAGCAGCACCAGCAGCACAUGCAGCACCAGCAGCACCAGCAGCACAUGCAGCACCAGUAGCACCAGCAGCACAAGCAGCACCAGCAGCACAAGCAGCACCAGUAGCACCAGGACCCACACUAGGGAGUGUAAUUAA